AUGGUUCAUUCCGAAAAGGAACCAUUACUGCGCAUGCGUCUUGAAUCAAUGGCAGUCGCAAAGCGUUGGAGGGAGCUUGGCUGAGGAUUCUUGCCCUCUUCCCCACCCUCGUGUCGUGACGUCAGAAUGGGUGGUCGCGAAUCAGCGUGUGCUCGGGAUGGUUUUCAUCAAGCGACUUCUAUCUUUGUGUUUUGAGUGAUUAUAUUUGCAUCAUUAUUUUACAGAAAUAAAAGGUUUUUCCAUGAAUAAUUUAAAUGAUCCUCCUAACUGGAACAUCCGGCCUAAUGCAGGGAAUGAGGAUGACCGUGGAAGCAAAUGGAAUUAUGCCUUGUUGGUUCCAAUGUUGGGGCUGGCUGCAUUCCGCUGGAUCUGGUCGAGGGAGUCUCAGAAAGAGAUAGAAAAAGAGAAAAAAGGUUACCACAGAAAACUGACAUUAGUGCAGAGAGAGCUUGAAUCUAAAUACCGUGACAUAAUCACUGAAAACCGCCGUACAGUUGCUCACUUAGAGUUGGAACUGGAAAAGGAACAGAACCGAACACAAAGUUAUCGUGCAGCUCUUGUCUCACAGAGUCAUAAACUGAUAGAAGAAAGGAGAGCUCUGGAACAAGAACAAACAAAAUUGGAACAAGAAAAGCAAAUUCUGCAGCACUCUGGAGCUGCAGGAUUGUUCUACAAGAACUGCCUGGAGAAGGAAGAUCAGUGGCAAAAGAAAGCUAUUGCCUUACUAAAAGAGUUUGAAGGAGCCCUUACCCAAAGGCAGGAUAUCUAUUGCAGCCUUGUGGUACCAAGAUACCAGCGACUAGAAAUUGAGAAGAAAAUGCUAGUUAAAGCAGCAACAGAUCCAAUUGCUGUGGAUCUGAAAAUAGAAACUGGCUUAAACGAUAUUUUCAGGCACGAUACAUUUUGCAGCAAUUUGCUAAACACCAAUAAACGCCAGAAUGGAAAGCUAAUGUGGCUUUACCUUCAAUACUGGGAACUAUGUGCUGAACUGAAAAAGUUCAAGCGGGUAGAAAAUGCCAUGUUAGGAAAAACUAGAGGUUGAAAAGUAUGAUUGUUUAUAUGCGACUCAAAUCAGGUAUGACUAAUUUUCUUUAGAUUUGGUACUAUUAGUUACUCUGUCACAUAUAUGGUAAUUAUCUAGUUCAGGGGUCCCCAAACUAAGCCCUGGGGGCCGGAUACGGCCCUCCAAGGUCAUUUACCCUCCCUCACUCAGGGUCAAUUUAAGUCUCAAACGACUUGAAAGCAUACAACAACCAUCCUGUCUCAUCGGCCCACAUUCAUCAGUCCACACUUCCCAUUGAAAUACUAGUAAGUUUAUAUUUGUUAAAAUUGUUCUUCAUUUUAAUUAUUGUAUUGUUUUAAAGUGUUUUUGCACUACAGAUAAGAUACGUGCAAUGUGCAUAGGAAUUUAUUCAUUUUUUUCCAAAUUAUAAUCCGGCCCUCCAACAAUUUGAGGGACUGUGACCUGGCCCUCUGUUUAAAAAGUUUGAGGACCCCUGAUCUAGUUAAAUACAGAAAUGGUGUGAGGCUAUCAUGCUGGCAUACUCCGCCUGAUUGCUUUUGUGCAUAUUUCACUUUCUGAGGUGUUCAGACUUGGCACUCUUAUGUUCUUAUUACUUUCGCAGCAAUCCAGAAUAAUAAAGUGCAGUUUAUUCUUGGCUUAUAGUCCAACAUCUAAGUCUUUCCCAAUAAGCCAAAAUUAUAAACUAAAAACAGACCACAGUUUUAACUUUGGUCUAUUGGAGAAGAGACAAAGUAAUACAUUCUGUAAGAAAGAAUAUAUAUUAUGUGGUAUAUAACAAAUAUACUGUAUUUCAUUGCAUAAUAGUCACACCGCCUUUAGGGUCCUUGUUUUGGGAUUAAAGGAUUCCUUCCAUAAUAGUUGCACUGCCACCCGCGCACCUGCCCCUUGGAGCAGUUACUGUUGCUCUGAGGGACAUGUGUGUGGGUGGAGGCACGAGAGGAGCUCUUGUUCACCCAGUGGUCAAGGCAGUCUUCCAUAGCUUAGAGGGGAGAGGUGUUAUGGUAGGUAAACCUGAUCCCCUCCAAGUUGCCUCUUCGCUCCAGAGCUCGGAGGGGAAAGGUCCACAGGCAGGUGAGCCUUCAUCCACCUGGCAGUGAGAGCUGCUGAGCCUCCCUCAGCUGACAGCAGCUAGAGCCUUGUAGCACUUACCAGCAGGCACGUGGGUGGCUUGGCCAGUUGGCAGUCGAGAAAAGCCCCAUAGAUGCAAAAAUAUUUCCUUGCAUAAUAGUUAUACCCCCUUCUUUCCUCCCCAAAAGGGGGAAAUUUAGCUAUUAUCUAAUGAAAUACGGUAUCACUAUCUCAUAUUAAAUGCACUUUAAGCAUGCUUUCUCUUUUGUCCCAUAGACAGAUAAAUAUAUCCACCCCCCAGACUGAAAACAGCAAGAACAAUGAUCAUGAGUAGUUAGGUAGAAUCAUAGAAUCAAAGAGUUGGAAGAGACCUCAUGGGCCAUCCAGUCCAACCCCAUUCUGCCAAGAAGCAGGAAUAUUGCAUUCAAAUCACCCCUGACAGAUGGCCAUCCAGCCUCUGUUUAAAAGCUUCCAAAGAAGGAGCCUCCACCACACUCCAGGGCAGAGAGUUCCACUGCUGAACGGCUCUCACAGUCAGGAAGUUCUUCCUCGUGUUCAGAUGAAAUCUCCUCUCUUGUAGUUUGAAGCCAUUGUUCCGCGUCCUAGUCUCCAAGGAAGCAGAAAACAAGCUUGCUCCCUCCUCCCUGUGGCUUCCUCUCACAUAUUUAUACAUGGCUUUCAUAUCUCCUCUCAGCCUUCUCUUCUUCAGGCUAAACAUGCCCAGCUCCUUAAGCCGCUCCUCAUAGGGCUUGUUCUCCAGACCCUUGAUCAUUUUAGUCGCCCUCUUCUGGACACAUUCCAGCUUGUCAAUAUCUCUCUUGAAUUGUGGUGCCCAGAAUUGGACACAAUAUUCCAGGUGUGGUCUAACCAAAGCAGAAUAGAGGGGUAGCAUACUUCCCUGGACCUAGACACUAUGCUCCUAUUGAUGCAGGCCAAAAUCCCAUUGGCUUUUUUUGCCGCCACAUCACAUUGUUGGCUCAUGUUUAACUUAAGGUACUUUCUUAUAAUGUAAUCAGAUAUUUUCCAGAAAAAUUGUAGCCAUGCAAAUGAUAAUCUGAAGUUAACACCUUGAAUCCUAAAACAUCUGAGAAUAAAGCCCUUUGAAUGUAAUUGUAUUCACCUUUUAAUAAGCAUUCACAUGAUCUCACUACUAAUAAAAGACUGGUAUAUCGUGAACGCUGAGCAUUAUAGUGGCACUUGUGUUAGCACUCAUAAUGGGCAAAGGGAGAUGAAUAGUUAAGAUGAUGCAAUUUCAUGCAAAGUAUGUCAGAAAUUUAAAGAAUUCAAGUUCAUCAUGAACAAGGCAGUAUGCAGUGAGCUCCUAAGAAGUGCAACA